AUGUUGUAUCAGCACUGGUAUGACAACAGUAAAUCGUAUUGUUUUCUAGGAGCCCUGUUCGAUGAUCAUGAGAGCCUCAUAGUUAAACUUGUUCUGGAACAUUACGAUAAGUUUACACCACUAGAUAAAAAACCGCGAAUCCUUUCGAAAAAUAUUGAGUCUGACCCGGUUUCCAAUUUUUUUGAGAAGUUAUUACAAUUGAACAAGAAAAAAACUAUUCAUCUUCUUGCUCAACUCACUGCGAUCGUUCGCGAAGAAAUAACUGUAUCCAAGAUACUGGAGGCAGGUGGGCCAAACCCCAAAGUGCAGGGCUUCGCCCUAUUGCUUCAAAAGUACGAUCAGAGCGUCGGGUAA